AUAUUUUCCUGUAACGAAUCAAAAUGUUGAGAAGAAGACCAUGGAUGAUCCAAAUACAAAAGAGCAUGUUGCUAGCUUACGUCUAAAGGUCGGGCAGUGUAUUCUACCGAUGGAUCUUCCUGCAAUUCCUUGGCUUCUUGAAGGAUCCGCUUCACAGCUGAAGCAUUAGUUGUAGCAAGAAAUGGUAGAGGUGUUGGAUUAAUAUGACUACAGCAGCGUAUACGCUAUUACCUGAUGUAAAUACCUGGACUCUUUCUAUUGUAUGACGUGGAGGUCAUUGUCGUGCUAGCUUUUGCGGAGGGCUGGCACUUGAAGAACCUGCCACGUUGAACUUUGGCUGAGCUGGGGUUAUAUUUUUGCCCGCAUUAGGUACAACAGCACUACUUCGGUCUCUUCGGUUACAGACAGAACUGCCAAUCACCAUGGCCGAUCUCCUGUUCAAUCCAAUAACUCUCACCUUUCUACUGGUUCUCUUUAUUUCGGCGACGUUCACAUUCACCACCAUCAUCUUAUGGCUAGUAAUCGCUUACUUUAAGAGCAACUUGCGAGCAACCUACUUCGAACAUCGCGAUCGAAUACUUUCUACUAUAGAAUACACCGAGAACGAAGUCCCUGUCCUGCUUGGAUUCUUCCAUCCUUAUUGUAACGCUGGCGGAGGUGGCGAGAGAGUAUUAUGGACCGCCAUUCGGGAUAUUCAGCGGUUUUUUCCAUACGUCGUUUCUGUUGUAUAUACUGGUGAUACCGACGCAAGAAAGGAACAAAUACUAGCGAAAAUUAAGUCAAACUUUGAUAUCAGCAUCAACCCAAACAGAAUUGUCUUUGUCUAUUUGCAAAAACGUUAUCUGGUAGAAGAUAAUCGAUAUCCCCGGUUAACGCUGCUGGGACAAAGUAUUGGAUCACUAUUCUUAGGUUAUGAGGCUUUGAACAAUGUCAUCCCAGAUGUCUACUUUGACACCAUGGGAUACGCCUUUACAUACCCUCUGGUAUAUCUCCUAACCGGCAUCAAAAUUGCCGCAUAUGUUCAUUAUCCUACUAUAAGUUCGGACAUGUUGCAAAAGGUUCAGGAUCAGACAUCAGUCCUCUUGAAGCGUGGGGUGUACACUAAGAGUACCAUCUGGAAUAUGGGAAAGCAAGUCUAUUACCGCUCCUUCGCCAAAAUCUAUGGAUACUGUGGAAACUUUGCCGAUAUCGUUAUGGUCAAUUCGACUUGGACUAAGGGGCAUAUUGAAAGUUUGUGGAGGCGCGACGCAGACAUCGUUUAUCCACCAUGCGACACCGAACGAUUCAGUGAGCUGGCCAUUACAGAGAGGGAACGCUUUAUCGCCAGUUUGGCUCAAUUCAGACCAGAAAAAGACCACAUGCUGCAGCUACAAUCGUUUGCAAAGCUGUUGGAAAAUAAUCCAGAUUUCCGAGAGGGCGAAAAGAAAACCUGCCUUGUUCUCAUUGGAAGUUCGCGAAAUGAAGGAGACGAAAACAGAAUACAGUCUCUUCGAUUGGCUGCCAAAGAAUUGGAUAUUGAGGACAAUGUCAUCUUUGAGAUUAAUGCACCAUUUCCCAAACUCUUGGAGUGGGUCUCAAGAGCAAAGGUUGGGUUACAUACAAUGUGGAACGAACACUUUGGUAUUGGUGUCGUAGAGUACAUGGCUGCUGGUAUGAUUCCUGUCGCGCAUAAAUCUGGAGGUCCCUUGAUGGAUAUUGUGACGGAAUAUAAUAACCAACCUACCGGCUUCCUCGCAGACAACGUGGAUGAAUUUGCAGCUCACAUGAAGACAGCUAUUGAUUUGUCACCGGAGGAAUAUGUAGCUAUCGCCACCAAUGCUCGAGCGUCCGUGUGUGACAAAUUCUCAGAGCUUGUCUUCGGCGACGGCAUUCUUCGAUCAUUGCGACGAAGCUUAACAUAAUUAAACCCAUUCAAAUAGAGUAACUUAUGUUCUAUCGAUAUAGAAAUAACCAUUAUCGAUUUAAACGUGCAAUUUGUUGUUUAUCUAGUAAUUAUACUAAAUCCAUCCAUCACCACGAUUUCUCUGUUUCCUUUCCAUCUUUGCGAUUGAGACAGAAUCCCUUGCCUUUACCGAGCUCACGAUCACAGUAUUAGUAAAGUAUCACGU